AUGGACCCCCCAUUCCUCCAGAAGAAAGACAUCAAACCGGCCACCCAACCCGCCAAAGACGCUCGUCAAAUUCUCUUGGAGGACAUCAGUGCAAUCAGAACUGACAUACAAAGUCUUGCCCAACGACUCGAUCGCAUGGAACGGAAUAUCAAGACCGCCAACAAAUCAGGACUAAAUGAAAGACUCACUUCAUUCACCAAGGCGGUCGCCGUCAGGAACCGUGAUGGAAAACGGGUUAGAGCUGGGGCUGCGGAGAAAUUGACUGAAGAGUUGAGGGAGGAGGAGGAGAAGAUGGAAGAAUCGGCAUACUACUGGUUCAGAGACUUGAGAGAAUGGCUGAAAAAGGGCUUAGCAAAUGUGGAGGAGACUGAGAAGAGAUCCCGUGAGCACCUAGAGGGGGUGUCGAAGAGGAUAAAUGCGUUGAUGGAUGAGCAAGAGUAA